GCGUGGGUCUUGUCAGUUGAGUCAUCCCACGGCUUUGACCUGAGUAACGUUAGGUAUCUGAGGCUGACAUUGCCAGGCAGCACAUCAGUCGCUUGUUAUGGGAUACACAGUGACCACAGGUGUGCUGGUGGCGGCGGGGGUGGUGGUGCUGUCGACUGUGGGCCUGGUUCUGGGUGCCUUACUGCUGAACAAGAAAAAGAAAAGCCCAGUCACCCUCCUGGACGCUACCGUCAAAUACCCACUGAGACUGAUCGACAAAGAGGUCCUGAAUCAUGACACUCGCAGGUUUCGUUUCGCACUGCCAUCUCCUGAGCACAUCCUAGGCCUCCCUAUUGGUACACACGUGUACCUCUCUGCCCGCAUUGAUGGAAACCUUGUGGUGCGUCCAUAUACCCCAGUAUCCAGCGAUGAUGACAAGGGAUUUGUUGAUUUUGUUGUUAAGGUAUACUUCAAGAACACCAACCCAAAGUUUCCAGAGGGGGGCAAGAUGUCCCAGUACUUGGAGGGUCUUCAGGUUGGAGACGUGGUGGAUGUCAGAGGGCCAGGGGGACUACUCCAGUACAAGGGUCAAGGACAGUUUGCAGUGCAGCCUGAUAAGAAGUCCCCAGCAGAGAUGAAAACUGUGAGAUCCCUAGGUCUCAUUGCAGGGGGGUCAGGCAUCACCCCUAUGCUUCAGCUGGUUCGGGCCAUCAUGAAGGACCCCAACGACAACACCAGCUGCAGCCUGCUCUUUGCCAACCAGACGGAGAAGGACAUACUGCUGCGCGAUGAUCUGGAGGAGAUCCAGGCCAGGAACCCUGACCGCUUCAAGCUCUGGUUUACUGUGGACAAAGCCCCUGAAGACUGGGAGUUCAGCCAGGGGUUCAUCAGUGCCGACAUGAUCCAGGAGCACCUACCUCCCCCUGCUGAUGACAGCCUGGUUCUCAUAUGCGGUCCACCUCCCAUGGUCCAGUUUGCCUGUAACCCCAACCUAGACAAGCUGGGGUACCGGCAGUGUCAGCGCUUCGUCUACUAGACGGAGGACUGCAAUGUCACAACACACCAAGGCCAUCCCCUGAAUUAGACCCCAAAAAUUGCCGUCCUGAUUACCUGCAAGCGCCAAGGCUGCACACUGAUAUUCCUCUGCCUGAUGAAGCCUUCAGACCUUCUCUCGUGGGAAGUGCAGCUGUAAUGAGUAUCGAUAACAGCUUCUUUUUGCUCAAGAGGUUUAAAUGCUCCUCCUGUGAUGUAAAUGGUGUCAGUUGUUCUACUUAUGCAUGACAGAUGGAAGAGCCUUGUUGUUUUGGUUUGUCUGAAACAUGCAAAGUU